ACUUUAAAUUGUUUAUUUUAGCACUUUUAGAUUGUUUUGACAGUCUUUACUUUUAGAAUAAUUAUUUGUCAAAAUAUUUAAAGCCCUUUUACAAUGGAAUGCACAAUCAAUGACGGAAGUACUUUACAACCAGCACCAAAGGUUUUAAAAUGUGAAGAAUCAGCUCUAACAGUGAAUGGUGCUGGUGAUGAUGCAGCAAAACUUGUUGGUAAAAUCCCUCCUGAAAAGAUGACAUCGAAGGAUUAUUACUUUGAUUCUUAUGCUCACUUUGGCAUCCACGAGGAGAUGCUGAAGGACGAAGUGCGCACAUUGACUUAUCGCAACUCCAUCUACCACAACAAACAUCUGUUUCGUGGGAAAGUUGUUCUCGAUGUAGGAUGUGGUACUGGUGUUUUAUCCAUGUUCGCUGCCAAGGCAGGAGCAGCCAAGGUUAUCGGCAUUGAAUGCUCAAGCAUUGUGGAUUAUGCAAAGAAAAUUGUGGAAGCGAAUAAACUUGACCAUAUUGUAACUUUGAUCAAGGGCAAAGUUGAAGAAGUUGUUCUUCCUGUUGAAAAAGUUGACAUCAUACUAAGUGAGUGGAUGGGAUAUUGUCUCUUCUAUGAAUCCAUGCUUAACACUGUGUUGUAUGCACGAGACAAGUGGCUGGCAGCUGAUGGUUUAAUUUUCCCUGACAAAGCAAGUUUGUAUGUUACUGCAAUUGAGGAUAGGCAAUACAAGGAUGACAAGAUAAAUUGGUGGGACAACGUGUACGGCUUCGAUAUGAGCUGCAUAAGAGAUGUUGCGAUAUCAGAACCUCUUGUUGACGUGGUUGAACCAAAACAAGUCAUGGCUUCCGCUUGUCUUGUAAAGGAGGUUGAUCUGUACACAGUAAAAGAUGGAGAUUUGGAAUUCAGUGCUCCCUAUCAUCUCCGUGUGGCUCGUAAUGAUUACAUGCAAGCUCUUGUCUCCUUCUUUAGUGUUGAGUUCACAAAAUGUCAUAAACGAACUGGGUUUACCACAGCACCUGAAGCACCGUACACUCACUGGAAGCAAACAGUCUUCUAUCUGCGUGAUUAUGUGACUGCAAAGAAAGGAGAGGAAAUCACAGGAGUGUUUGGGAUGAAACCAAACGAUCGUAACAAGAGAGAUCUUGACAUCACCAUUGACAUCAACUUCAAGGGAGAACUUUGUCAAUUGAACGAAUCAAACGUUUACCAGAUGCGCUGAGAAUAUUAUAAGGCCACACAACCAUUACAACUGCCAUAACCCCCCACCCCAACCUAAUGCGAGAACAUGCAUCGAGUAUUUGAUGAUCUCUGACUAUUCAUGCUUCUUUCUCUUAUCUGUACAUGACAGUUUGGAUAUAUUGUCCAACUGCGAAUCGUGAAUUCAUGAUUUGUCGCUCCACGUUUCGCUUAAAAUAAAAUCAACUUUUGCUAAAAA